UGCCGCUCUGCCCAGCUCGGCCAGCCCGGAGCCGCCCCCGGGCCCGCCCCGCCGCCAGGUGCGGUGCCGCCGCCGCCCAUGGGCUCAGGAAGUGCUGUCACGGCGGAGGUUUCUGAGGACCGGGCUGGUCAGACCUUUCCGUCGGCGGGUGCCGAGCCGGGAUCGCCGCCAUGAGCAAGAUCUCCAAGUUCUUCAAGGGGGGCGGCUCGGCUGCCUCCAAGGGCCGCGGGGGUCCCUCGCCGCAGGAGGCGCUGGCCCGGCUGCGAGAGACGGAGGAGAUGCUCAGCAAGAAGCAGGAGUACCUGGAGACGCGGAUCGAGCGGGAGCUGGCGGUAGCCCGGCAGCACGGCACCAAGAACAAGCGAGCUGCCUUACAAGCUCUGAAGAGAAAAAAGAGAUAUGAGAAACAGUUGAAUCAAAUUGACGGGACACUUUCGACCAUUGAGUUCCAGAGAGAGGCAUUGGAAAAUUCCCACACCAACACAGAAGUACUCAAGAAUAUGGGUUAUGCUGCACAAGCUAUGAAAAAAGUACAUGAAAAUAUGGAUUUGAACAAAAUUGAUGAUUUGAUGCAAGAUAUCACUGAACAGCAAGAUGUUGCCCAGGAAAUUUCAGAUGCUAUCUCAAACCGAGCCACCUUUGGUGAUGAGUUUGACGAGGAUGAGUUGAUGGCAGAAUUAGAAGAACUGGAGCAAGAAGAACUGAACAAGGGAAUGAGAGAUGUCAGGUUGCCAAGUGUUCCGUCCACAUCGCUGCCUUCUCGCCCUGCAUCGACCAGGAAGAGAGCAGAGGAUGAAGAUGAAAUGAAGAAGCUGGCUGCCUGGGCUUCAUAAGAGCAUGGUCUCUUUAUAACACCAAACAUUAUAGUGCAGAUGUAAAGAGCUGUAAUGCUGUUUUAUAAAAGCACUCAUUUAGUGUGGUUGUAUUUCAUACAGGCUGGGGUUUUUUAUGGCAAAUCUUGCUAAGACUGGUGUUACUGCCAUAUUACAAAGCUAGUUUAAAAACCAGCAAACAAAAGAAUUAAGUAGUUGCCUAAACCUUCAGGCAUUAAUUUUUUUUCAGCCUCGUCAAGAGAUUUGUUUUAUUAUUAGUAUCAGUUUUUAUUAGGUACUAUCUUACCAUAUCUGUUGGUUUGUAAAACCUGUGUGCCUCACUUGUGCUCAAAGCUGGAUUAAUUUUUGAAAUGAGAAAGUUAAGGAAGUCAUCAGGGUCCUAUAACUAGAGGGUUAUUUGGUUCAGACUAUUUAAUAUUAGCAAAACAGCUUAAUACAUGUCCUGACUUGCAAGUUCUCUGAGUACAAGAGCUAAUAAAUAUUCAUUUGGGCAUGAAGAUUCAAACAGUCUACCUGGAGCAACUUAUGUUGUCCUAGAUAUUAAGAAGAAACUCUACUGUAGGGUUUUUGAAGUGGGAUACGUUAUUUGUUUUAACUGGCCAAAAUGUCCCAUGGACUUCUAUAGGUCAACUUGAAUUUUAUUUUGGACUAUUUCUGACUUGGUUGCAGAAUUACAGUGAUAAAGGAAAGUGAAAUGUCUAAGUUCUUACAGAUUCUUGACAAACAAUACUCAUUUUCAUUAACCCUGUCAAAAAUUCAGAAGAGAUUUGACCUUCCUUUGUUCUCCUCUAUCUUGUUUUUUUAGGGUGAGUCUUUACUUUGUAUGAUAAUACUCAUCCUCAAAGGAAAUUAGCAACACAUUUUGAAUUAUACCAUUUCAGAACAGUUUCAAUUUCUGAGCUUUGGUUCUUUUCUCUUACUCAGUUUGUGAAUAGAAAUAAUACCAGUGUGUUGCAUUUGCAGUGCCUUUUUAAACCCUGGUUAAAAGCCGAUUCUGGGUUACUUGUAAAGUUGGUGUGUUACUGUCUAACUAACAGCCUUUUAGCCUAAGGAGAAAAUGCCACUCUUGAGUGCUAAACUACUACAUGUAUGGAGAAAUCGCUGUUCAAAUACAACCCAAAAAUUAAAUAGGCUGCUUUGUACUAACGAAGUUUAUUUAAUAAGUCUUAAGCUCUAUGCUAGUAGCCUGCUGUCAAUCACAAGGAGAUAGUAAAACACUGUGGAGUUCCUAGGAGUGUAGGAAGCAGAGUCCUUAAUCUAGGUUUCUUGUUUUCAAAUGACUUUAAAUUUAAUGAUGACCAAACCACCUGGGGAAUAAUGCUAAACUUCGUUUCUGUGGAUCUUCAGCAACAGAAGACUGGCCCCUUCUCCUGCAGGCUUUGGCCUGUGAUUUGCUGUGUGUUCAGCUUCAACAGCCUACAAUAGCCUUCAGCUUAGUGGAUUUUAGGUCAAGCAUCACUAAGUAUGUGUUUCUAGACGUGGCCUGCUCAGAACCUUUCAAGUUGAGCCCCAUGCAUGAAACCUAAAAUGUAUAACCCCUGUGGAGAGAUUGACUUUUUCAGAACUUUCAUUCUCUGUGGAGGAAUUGGUUUUGGUUUGCAUCUGUAUGAGAGGUGAAUCGAGUCUUGCUACUUUACUUAGGAUAAUUUUCUUUCUGGAAAAAAAACUAGGUGUGUUAAUUCUGUCCUAAAAUUUGGAGGUAUCAAGAAAAUUUUCCCUUUUUGCUGAGAGUAGAGAAAGUCUGGAAUUAUUUAUUUUUUGUUUUAAAUACAAAAUAAAACAGAAAAAAGAAAGAAAGAACUGCCUUAAAUUUAAAAAUACAUUUUGAACUCUCAAGGAGUAGGAAACCAAAUGCUAACAAAAUGCUACUUGGUUUUAAUGCUUGCUGAAAUUCAGCAUGAGAUGCUAGCUGAAAGCAGGAAUAUUUAGUAAAAUAGCAAAUAUUCUAAGUUAUUUUGAAUCUAUUUGCUAAUCUUUCUGGCUUGAAUCCUAUGUUCCAGGUGUGCAGUUCAUGCAGGUCUCUGAAUCGGGUACAGAAUGUGUUAGCACACACUGGUUGUGUGACUGUGCAAGGCUGGCAGUGUGCUUGUGGACACUUCUGGCACUUCUAAAUAGCAUUUCUUUGCCAACAUAGUGCCAUAGUUAGCUUGGAAAAGCUGGCUUCUAGCCUCUGUUCUUGGUCAAAUUAGUAGUUUAACCAUGUUUGGCUCUUACGUAGCACUUGGCAUAUUUGAAGUGCUCUACAACCUAAUAGGUCUCUAAGCUCCCAUUUUGAAACUAAAGUGACUUUCAGUCUGCUUUGGAAAAUAUGGGCCUGCUGUUUUUGUGUAAGAACUUUCCCUGUGAACACCCCUCAGAAGAGAGAAAGAAAACCUAUAGAAGAUCUCCUUUGCAAACCAGCGUUUGACUGCUGGCCUUCAGCAAUGUUUUGGCCAAGUGUUGAUCCUAAAGAAACUUUGGGUGUCUUCAGCUUAUUAAUCUCAGACCAAGCACUUUAAAAACAAAAUUUUUGGUAGAUGAAGAAAUGAAACUGGAUAUUCAGGUGAGCUGCUCUGAAAGCUUGUGUAUAGUGGCUGGUGAUCCUGAAGGACAGACUCACGUACCAGUUCACAGGCCAGGACGUGUGGUUGGUGAAGUUGUACUCAGAAGCACUAUAGUGAUGUAAUGACAGAAACCAAAAGACACCAUGGACUUCCAUAACUGGAGUGUUUGUUGCCAUAUUUUUUUGGGACGCCAGUUUUCUUCAAAGGCAAUGGGGUUGUAGGGAUUUAAUUCUUAAUUCACCUGAGGGAGUGGCUCUUUCCUGUGUAAAUUCAGAUAAGUGGGACAAAUGGCUCUUUCUUUUUGGAACAUAUGUCUCUCUUCAUGCCAAGAUGGUAUUUGUUUAGUGUGUAAGCACUCGAAAGUGAAUCGUGUCAACGUGUUAUUGUCAAUGUACCCUAUUAACUGGAACAUAUUUUACAGGACUGUGGCAGCAGAUGGUGUACUAUAACUGACUUCCUUUCUUGUUGCUUAUUUAUUCUGAGAUUGGGUUGUUUUUUUUUUUCUCCUAACAGGCUUAGAUAUUUUUAACCUGGAUUACUUUAAAAAGAGGAAAAUAUAUUAACAAAAAGUAAAAAAAAAUCAUAUAUGUAUAUAUAUACACACUGUAAAUAAAUAUUUUAGUGUCAUGUUUGUGUUACAUGAUUUUAUUAAAUUUCUUUUCCUAUCAGGCUAAAUUGUAAGUAUCCUCUUUACACUGUCAUUAGGAUAUAGUGCUCUUUUAAAGGAUGUGAGAAUAUUUUGAAACAUUUUUGAUGUAUUAAUCUUUCAGCAGCAAGCUAGAAUUCAAGAAUUCUUUGAAGUUGAUUUGGUUUAAAAAAACAACCAAUAAAAAACCCCACCCCAGUGUAAGCUGUGGUGUUUGGGCUGCAUUCCUUCACGCUUAA